GUAAUGGGAUCUCGAGGUUUGUGGGGUUUCUUACCCUCGUCCGAUGUAGUUCGUACAAAUCAUUCGUUUUUCAGUCACUGGUAAAUUCAAGAGUUCGAUAAAUUGACAGUCGUUCUUUUUUAUUUAUUUAUUUCGUUGGGACUUCGGUGAUGCUCUUGAAUGAUGCAUUCACGUGGUGCUGCCAUAUCCUCGGCGUACUUGUAUUUAUUGACAGUAUUAUUGGUAUCCUACGGAAUUUAUGAGGUAUACCAUCUGGAAGUGAAUCCCGAGGAGUUUGCAGUCACCCAUCGGCAGAGAAUCGAUGCCAGACCCAGGGUCUUCUUCAAUUUCUUCGUACAAACGCAUAUCUUGGAGAAGCUUUUCCCCAGUUUUUCACGGCUGAAAGAAGCGGAUUCCCGGGUUCUUGGGGUCGGUAAAUUUUAUCGAGCCUUCUGGAAGCUUCCACUACUCGGUGAAACAGCCAAGAUACACUUGAUGGUGACGGAUUACAAUCCCCCAAAGUUCCUAGCACUGGAGUCCGAGGAUCAGCUGAUCAGACAACGAGUGGAGAUUCGUUUCCAUCUGUAUCACGAUCGGACCAUCCUCAACGUCACAAUCUACUCCCGACGAACUUCUGCUCUCUUUCACUAUACAGUGGGAAGAGGUUUGAGACACAUCUUCAAAAAUGAGUUGAGGAGAUCUGCGUCGAGAGUGGCUGGCAUUCAUAGAGCUCUACAGAAGGAUAUUAUAUUUUUCCAAUCCGAAAGGUGCAUUAAAGGUCCUUGAGUGUGGAUUUUGUUGUUGUGUAAAGAGAGAAAUAAUAAGCUAUUUUGUAACCACGA